AUGGCGGCGGCUCCGGUGGCAAUCGGGACACGUGGCACGGUGGGCGCACUGGUGAGGAAAGAGAUCGAGUAUUUCACCAACUUGGAGCACUUGGACCCUCGUGGAAGCUGCCUUCAAGCUCAGGGCGAGCGUUCCAGAAGAAUGGCUUCAAGAAGUAGUAGUGGGAGAUCAUUUUGGCCUUUGAGGAUUCGGUGGGGAAGGAAGAAAGCGGCCGCCGCCGGCGGCGGCGGUGUGGCCGGAGGAUUGAUUCGUCCGGGCAUGUGCUCCGCCGUGGAUGUUGCUCGUGAUGGUGUUGGGAUCUCCGGGAGGUUUGGGUAUAGGGUGCUCAAGCAAGAUGAUUUUGAUACCUAUAGUUAG